AUGCGUCGCAGAUUGAGGACGGCAACUGGACUGCUAAUUCUCUCACUAGCCGUCGCAGAUAUGCUGGUCGGCCUUGUUGUUCUUCCCUUCAGCAUCGCAAAUGAAGUACUAAACGGCUUUUGGAUUUUUGGAGAUAUUUGGUGUACUGCCUGGCUUACUAUUGAUAUAUGGAUGUGUACUUCCUCAGUUUAUAAUCUCGUUGCCAUUUCUGUAGAUCGCUAUAUUGCCAUUAUCAAACCGCUCAAUUAUAACAUGUUAAUCACCAAAUUCCGCGCCCGUUGCAUUGUUGCCUUUGUUUGGAUUAGCUCAUUUAUUGUUUGCACACCAAGCUUUUUACUUGCAUCUAGUGAACGAAAGCGCUAUAUUGCUCAGCAAAUGGCGGCAGCAGCAACAACGGGGGUUGGAGGGGAAAUGGUGCGAAACGCAGAAGAAUUUGUUUUGCGUAAUCCUGACGCUUGUCGCUGCACUCCUUCAAAUUCUGGAAUGUAUUAUAUUCUGUUCAGUGCAUCUUCAAGUUUUUAUAUCCCUAUGGCAAUUGUUAUUUUUGUAUAUGCUCGUAUUUAUAUUGCUGCAAUGGCAGCGACAAAAUCGCAAUAUGCUGGUAUGGUUCAGGUAGCUGAAAAUGCUAACAAAAAACCACCUCAAGAAAAACAUCAGAAAUCGAAUAAUGAAUCAAAUGGUGGUAUUGAAGGCUCAUAUCUAAAAUUGCCUAAAUUAUUUGGACUUAGAGCUGCGCAUAUUCGUAACAGGUAA